AGAGGUUAUGUUCGUGCGGCCGAACGGAUGUGUCAGACGUAACAUGGGUCAUAAUUUUGGAGUGGAUCUUCCUGUAAAUUAUGCUGUGGCAUCGGUAGACAAUCUUAUCAGAGGCAAUAGAUGAAAUCUACUUUUACACACGACAUAAUUAGUCACUCACAUUGUCGACAACAGUGAAAUUGUACGACGAGCUUUGCUCGAACGAAAGAGCAUGUGGGUGUUUGGUUAUGGUUCCCUGAUAUGGAAAGCGGAUUUUCCAUACGAGAAGAAGGUAGUCGGUCGCAUCAAGGGAUACGUCAGACGUUUCUAUCAAAAAAGUCCCGAUCACAGAGGAGUGCCCAAUAAGCCUGGACGUGUGGUGACAUUGCUUGCCUCUAAAAAUCCUGAGAACGAAGUAUGGGGACUCGCGUAUAAGAUAUCCUCCGAGAACAUAGAUAACGUGGUGAAUCAUUUGGAUUUUCGAGAGAAAGGUGGUUAUGAGAAAAAAACUGUCCUUUUCUAUCCUUGCAAUCCAUCUAAGUAUAUCCAAAGUAGCUCAAAUGCCGAUGAGUCAAAUGAUCCAUCAAAAAUGAAUCUCUUAUCGAUGUCUUUGUCGACCACCACGGAAGAAGCACCAUUCUACCUCACCAUAUAUAUAGGCGAUGAAAAGAAUCCAAACUAUGCUGGUACGGAAAAUAUAGACACCAUCGCGAGACACAUACUUGUUUCGCGUGGUAUCAGUGGCUCUAAUGUGGAAUACCUUUACAAAUUGGCAUCUGCGAUGCGUAUGAUAGCCCCUGGUGUGCAGGAUGAGCAUCUAUUUGCUCUGGAGAAGAUUGUCAAGCAGUUAGAGAAGGAAAGAGAAAAUGAAUCACUGGAGUUGGAUCAUUUUCCAUGUAAUCAUAAAAGUGUGCAAUAGGCGUAUGCAAAUGUAGAAAAAUGCGAUAUUAGGAACCAAUUGCAUCAUCGGUCGAUGUUAAUGAUGAAAUAACAGUAGGCGGAGCGAAAUGAAAAUAUGCAGAUUUUGCCAAGCUCUGACUUAGAUUAUAUACAAUUAGAGCUAUAAUACAUAGCAAAUCAUUGUAGGCUAUAAUUUUAGCACGAGUUCCGAUUGUGAAGUUAGAUAAUCAAGACUGUUGGUGCAAUUGGCAUAGAGAAAAGACAGCAUAUUUUUUGCAUUGUCCAAAGCAACAGCAGGGAAAUUUAUAAUUUUUUCAUUAAAGAAGUAAGAAAACAUUUGAAAUUGCCGCCAGGGAACUACUUUCGGACGCACAUGCGCAUAUGACAGCUAUGAUCAGCUGAAUCGACGCAAUAACAAGAAUUGGAGAGGGAGAAAGGAGGAAGCCAUUUCUUAUUCGACCAAUUGUCAGUCCAUGUAGUUAUUACGUGUUCUGUUUUUCUUCCCGGACCGACGAUAAAGACACAGGGCCAAGAUUGGGUGAUUCGCUGAAAUAAAGGCGUUUCGGACGCAUCCGG